AUGGCUCCCUCUGGGGUCCCUGGGGAAGAACCCAAAUGCUCAGUGUGUUCUGACAUGUCUCUGGUUCCUGGUAAUGAAAUUCUUAUCUGCGGGAAGUGUGGAAUAGGCUAUCACCAGCUCUGCCACUUGCCCCCAAUGGAGAGCUCAGCUGACAUUCCUCCAUGGUUCUGCAGGAAGUGCAUUUUUGCUUUAGCUGUGAGAAAAGGGGGAGCUCUGAAAAAGGGGCCAAUCUCCAAAGCGCUGCUGAACAUGAAGCAGGUGCUGCCCUAUAAUCCAGAGGAGCUGGAGUGGGACUCUUUGCAUCGUACGAACCAUCAGCAGUGCUACUGCUACUGCGGAGGACCCGGAGAGUGGUAUCUGAAAAUGCUGCAGUGCUUUCGCUGUGAGCAGUGGUUUCAUGAGGCGUGUACGCAGUGCCUACAGGAGUCCAUGAUGUUUGGAGAUAGGUUUUACUUGUUCAUUUGUGCGGUGUGCAAUAAAGGAGCGGAAUACAUCAAGCGGCUGGCUCUCAGAUGGGUGGAUGUGGUCCAUCUUGCCCUGUACAACCUGGGAGUCCAAAGUAAAAAGAAAUAUUUUGAACUAGAGGAGAUCCUGACCUUCAUCAGCAACAACUGGGACCAUUUCCAGAUGGGCAAGCUCUCCAAUACUCCUCUGCCUGAACGGGGCCAGUAUAUUCUUGAUGCCCUCAACAACUAUAAAAGCAAGUUUCUCUGCGGCAAGGAGAUCAAGAAGAGGAAAUAUAUUUUCCGACUAAGGACAAGGGUCCCUCCUAACCCCCCAUCUAAGUUGUUUCCGGAGAAGGCCCAGAACAGUGAGGGCCACGGGGGCCGCAAGAAAGGGGCCAGCAGAAGCAGUAGCUCUGUUCCUGCAGAGAAGCGGAGGAAGAGGUCCAAGUGGCUGCUGGAGGAUGCUAUUCCUAAUGUCACCAGUUCAGGACAGACAUUCAGCAUGGACCAGGACUCCACCGAUGCAGCCAGUACUUCUGGUUCCGCCACCACCAGCGUCUCCUAUGACUUCAGGAAAAAUGUGGGCAGUCGGAAGAGGAAGUUGCCCUCCUCUAAUUACACCGUGCUGGCCACAAAAAGAGAGAUGGUGGAGCGUGAGCUGAGCCCCAUCAGCAUGCCUGGAGAAGAGAGUAACGUCAUGAUGGAGAACAGCAUCGACAGCCACACCUUUGAGAGCAUCAGCGAGGACGAUUCCUCACUGUCUCACCUCAAGUCUUCCAUCACCAGCUAUUUUGGGGCGGCCGGUCGGCUCACCUGCGGGGAGAAGUAUCAGGUUCUGGCUCGCAGGAUCACACCUGAAGGCAAGGUGCAGUAUUUGGUGGAGUGGGAAGGAACUACACCUUACUGAAUAUCACAGAACAGAGGUGUGGAACAGAUGGGCCGUGAAGGAAGGUGUCAUGCGGUCCCCCCAUAGUUACUUUCUGUUUUGCUUUUCUGACAGUCAUAGUUUUUUCUGAUAUUCUGGUCUUCUCACAUGUGAGACAUUAAAGUCUUUGUUUUUCUUGAAGUCAUUUGCGGUGUCCUUUUUUAGGGCACUUUAAACAUCACAAACAUGAUUGAGUCUAGUAACAUACUAACCUUAUACAGUAUAACAUCAUUAUUAGGUAGCAGAUAAAGGACAGUAUUAUACAACCUGAAGUCAUUUCAGUUUAGUGUUGGGAUUCAAACCCAAGCAUUCGCCCCGAGAGUUUCAGUUCCCGUUAUUCAGGAUUUCAAAGUUUGUAUCAAGUUUUAUCGAGUUUAAUGUUCAUCCAAAAAUGAAAGUUUGCUGAAAAUGUACUCAGCC